CGCAGCGUCCCGCCCCGGUACCCGGCCUCCGCCGCGCCGGCUGGGGCUGCCGGACCGGGCCCAGGGCGCUGGGACAUUAGAGGCGGGUCCAAUGUAUUUUGCUGAGAUCCAGUGGGCUCUGCUGGACCCCGCUCCGAGGCCCGUCUACAGGGACAUGGUUCCGGAGAACUACGGGACGCUCCUCUCUCGGGAUAGUGGAAUUAUUAACGCAGCCUUGCAGCAGGGAGGCCCAGAGACAGCACAGUCCCACGGGACGUUACCAGGGAUGAGAUCCGAAGGGAACGUUUACCAGGCCCCAGGCCACGCAGCCACCUGCCAGAGCCAAGCCAGGCCAGCGGGAAAGCCAUGGAGCAAAACAGCUGCCGACAGUGAGGGCCUGAAGAAACUCAAAGAGGGCAGCGCUGCCCUGCAACGGGUCCAGGCUCUGCAUCUCCCCCAGCCUGGGGGGAGCCAGACCGUGUGCACCCAGUGUGGGAGCAGUUUCGGCCAAAGUGUGCGCCCUGCCCAGCUGCCGCUGCAGCCGCCCCAGCCGCGGGUCCCGGCAGCAGAGAGAUUCUACCAGUGCCCUGACUGCGGGAAGAGCUUCUCGGUCAGCUCGCACCUGACCAUCCACCGGCGGAUCCACACGGGGGAGAAGCCGUAUCGGUGCGGCGAGUGUGGGAAGAGCUUCAGCCAAAGCUCCACCCUGGUGCUGCACCGGCGCACCCACACCGGGGAGAAGCCCUACAAGUGCACCGAGUGUGGGCGGAGCUUCGCCGUCAGCUCCCACCUGGCCAAGCACCAGCGCACCCACACGGGGGAGAAGCCCUACCAGUGCCACCACUGCGGGAAGCGGUUCAGCCAGAGCUCCACCCUCAACCUCCACCAGCGGACCCACACCGGGGAGCGGCCAUACCGCUGCGCCGAGUGCGGCCGAGGCUUCUCCGUCAGCUCCCACCUGACCAUCCACCGGCGGAUCCACACGGGGGAAAAGCCCUACCGGUGCGGCGAAUGCGGCAAGAGCUUCCGCCAGCGAUCAGGGCUCAUCACCCACCAGAGAAGCCACGCAGCGCAGAGACCCUACAAAUAAAGGGGGGUGCUGGUCCCUUUAAGAGGAGGAAGGGCCAGCAUCAGCUGUGCCAGCCUGGUUGUCCGUCAAACGCUCUGGGGGCUCUGGUGAGGCCAUGCCCGUUGCCUUUUAAAGGGGCCACUCACCCGGUGACAGACCCAGUCACAUGCGGCAUAGAGACCAUACAAAUAAAGGGCGUGCUGGCCCCUUUAAGAGGAGGCGGGGCCAGCAUCAGCUGCCCCGACCUGCUUGUCCGUCAAACGCUCUGGGGGCUCCAAUGAAGACAUGCCCACCCUGUCACAGACCCAGUGUUGCCAAAUAUCACACGGUGGGCUCUCUUUAGAGCAGUCUGGCCUCAAGGAGCGGGCACUGGCCUGGACUGGCACUCAGGAGACUGGGUUCUAUUCCUAGCUCUCCCCUGCUGCAAGUCACUUUCCCUUUCUGUGCCUCUUUUUCCCCAUCUGCAAAGUGGAGGUAAUACUAAAGUGCUUUGAGAUCUGUUGAUGAAAAGUGCUAGGUAUCAUUAUUAAUGAUUUGUUUUUCGGCUGGAAAAUUGGGGUUUUGAUCCAAUAAAAUGUGUCUGGUUCCUCCAGAAAGUUUCCAUUUUUUUGUCGGAAAAACAUCAGCCAAAAACUGAAAUUUUUCUAUUCUGAAGUACUGCUGAACUGCCUCAUGGGAGUUGUAGUGCAAUUGCUUCAUGCCCUCAUUCUCCACUCUAGGCUGAGCUUCUUGG